AUGGAGCGGGGACUUUGGGGUCUCUUCGAUGGAACGGAGAAGAAGCCGGACAAAGAGGACAAGAUUGCAGCAUGGAAGAAGAAGGACCAAAAGGCGUUCGCUCCGCUAAUCUCGCGCAUCGGCAUCAACCUUGUCAGCUCGGUGCGCACGUGCAUCAAGCUCGAAGCGUCGGCGGAUGAAGCGUGGAAGCGGCUCGAGACGAUUCACAUGAACAAGACUCUCCACGGCAAGAUCCUAGCCCGGAAUGUGUUCUACACGGUGAAGUUGCGCGCGGGCGAAUCGAUGCACGAGUAUGCGACUCGUGUGGAGGAACUCGGGAAAAUGUUCGUAGAUCUCAAUGGAAUGGUCACGGAGGAGGAUUGGAUUUUGACCUUGCUUUGCGACCUUCCGGAAGAGUGGUCGACGGUGGUAAUGACACUCGAUAGCGUGCAAGACACUUGGACAAAGGAAACGGUGGUCGGUCGGCUUCUCCAUGAGGAAUCGCGUCGCCGACAAUUCGCUAAUGAGAGCGUGGAGACCGCCAUGUUCUCCGGAGGGAGUUCCGGAGGAAAGUCCAAGUGGAGCAAGGGUGCGACGAAGAAGUCGUACGGUGGAAGCGAUCGCGGCAAGGGGAACACAUCAAACGGCGCGAGCAAGUGCCACUAUUGCGGCAAAGCGGGACACUUUUGGCGAGAGUGUCGGAAGCGCCCGAGCGAUUCGACUCCAUCGAAGGCGCGGAACCAAGAGGGCAACGCGCACACGGCAUCCGGCGAGGCGGAUGAUACAAGGGAGUCGAUCGUGUUAUUGGCCGAUGACGGGAUCAACACUCCAAGUGACGCGUGGUUCCUUGACACCGGCGCAACACAACAUAUGACGCACUCAGCAUCGUUCCUCAUCAACGUUGGUGCACCGAGAGACGUCACGCGCACCGUCUUUGGAAACGGCAAGUCGCUACCGGUGGUCGGAGUUGGGAGUACGCGUCUCAUCGUCGAUGGCAGACCGGUAGACAUCACAAACGUGCUUCACGUCCCGGGUUUGAAGGUGAAUCUACUCUCCGUCACUCAACUCGCGAAGAAGGACGUGAAGGUCACCAUCGACGGUGCGAAGAUGAACCUCUUCUGGAAGGGGAAGCAAUUCGCACAAGGCGUUCUCAACGGAGAACUCUACCAACUCAAGACGCACCCGAGAACGGCUUCAUCCAACGUAGUGCAAGGGUCCAAGGCAACUCUCAAGGCGUGGCAUAAUCGCCUUGCGCACGCCAACUACGAGUCGAUCAAGGAGUUGGCCAACAAAGGCCUUGCGAAGGGAGUCGACGUGAUCGCCGGCGACGACGAGAAGGGCGUGUGCGUGGCGUGUGUCGAAGGAAAAAUGGCUCACAAGCCAUUCGGUAGCCGUACCUCACCUCUCGCUAAGGACCCGCUUGCGCUUGUUCACAUGGACGUGUGUGGACCGAUGCGGCAUGCAUCAAAGGGAGGAGCGCGUGCGCUAGCGGCGUGGGUUCGCAACCGUUUGCCGACCAAGGUGCUCCCGGGAACGACUCCGUUCGAAGCAUGGACCGGAACGAAGCCGAACCUAUCCCGCCUACGCACCUUUGGGUGCCUUUGCUACUACCAUGUACCGGAUCCCCUUCGCCACAAGUUGCAACCGAAGGCGCGUGCGGCGAUCUACUUGGGAAUUGCGGCGAACGAGCGUGCGUGGCGAGUGUGGGACUUGGGUGAAAGGCGCGUCAUCACAUCUCGAGAUGUGGUCUUCGACGAAGACAAGUUUCCGACGAAGGAACAACCAACGCCGCAACUCACCGUCGUACUCCCCGCACGAGAGGAGGAUGAAGCGGUGGAGGUUCCAUCUCAAGUGGAGAAGGAAGCCGAGAAUGGAAGGGGGAAAAACGAGGAGUACGAUGAUGAUGUCAUGGAGGUGCCACCAACCGAGGAGGCAACUUCCUCCGCACCUUCUUCCCUACCAUUGGCGUUGACCCGUGGGCGUCGUACACCUCGCCCCAACUCGUGUAACCGACCACGCUACGGUAGCCGUUGGGGAGUUGGAUGA